AUGCUGCUCGAAAAGAGCUCGUCGGCCUCCAUCACCACGCUCGUCACGCCCACCAAGUCCGCCAGGGAGAAGGGCUGGCUCCGUAACCGCCGGCAGACUGACCCCUUGAUCAGGGAGCCCGUCCAGCUGCCGCAGCCUCGACCCAACAGACACUCCAUCGACGCUGCAAAUGCGAACGCCAGCGCUGGCCGCCAGUCCAGCCAGCAGCCUGGCUCCUCGCCGCUCAGCUCAGAGAGCUUCUCCAACCCGGCGCUGGCCUCCUUCUCGCCCAGGAAGACCAAUAUCCAUACCCCGUCGCGGCCCUCGCAUCAAUAUCAAUACCAGCUGCACCACAGCAGCAGCAACAACAGCAACGGCUCCUCGACCGUCAACUCGCCUACCCCUUCGCACCACCCGCACCAGCUCUUCUACACGCCCACGCCGCUCCGGCAGGGCGACCAGGACCAGUACCAGUACCUGCAGACCCCGUCCCGGCUCGCUGAGGAACCGCCGCCGCCCUCGAGCAGCCCAAACAUCCGCCAUAUCACCACCUCCUUCAUCAACACAAACACCAGUCUCACCAGUCCUGUGUCCCCCGAGAGCAAUACCAACAGUCUCAGUCAUCACAGCCAUAGCCACAGCCAUAGCCAUAGCCAUAGCUUCCAUUUUACGCCCGCAAAGGACUCCAAGUCACCGCACUACAAGCGUGCUCCAGCUUCCCGCAGCAGUCUGGGCAUAGAAACCGCUUCGGGACCACCGCCGGCACUGAGCACCCAGCAGCGGAACGUUGCGCAGGAUAAACAACAGUGGCAACUCGUCUCGACCGCUGAUCCGCCACUGACGCGCAGGCCGACCUCAGACUCGACUUCUGCAUCUGCUUCGGCCUCCCUGGAUUCAGAUCCAAAGUCCAACUACUCGAGUGCCGGCACCAGUACAUGUCUGGACACGCUUCCGCGCAAGGAAGAUACCAGCAGUAACUGUAACAGUAACAACAACCACACCAACAAUAACUCCCCCAACAACAACAAUAACAACAACAACAACAACAACAACAACAACAAAAAUACUACUACUACCACUACUACUACUACGGCUAUUACAAACAAUACGGACAUGUCAACGAGUAGAGACCGGAGUCUGCGCUCGUCAGUCUCGAUGGAGGACAGUAGGGAGAGAGAUGCGCAUGUUGGUGGCGGCAGCAGUAAGGGGUCUCCCCGGGGAUCCAAGGCUGAAGACCUCUUCUUGAAUAUAGCGCAGACUUCUAGUCGACUCAGCUCUGAUUCCAAGGCUAGGCGGAGGUCCAAGUUUGGCCUCUCUUCCCGCGCAAAGACAACUGAAGAUACCCCUUCACCAGACAGAGGCCACUAUUCCUCCUUUUCUCAAGAAACCUCACCCAGGGGUAACUAUGAACUCCCUUCUUCCAGGGCCCCUGCUUCAGCUCACCCACUAGACGAAGCUGGUCGUUCUCGGUUCUUCAGCAGCUCAGGUUCAGCCUCAACCAUUGGACGCACAAGACCGUCACGCUUGAAUGAUGAACUAUCCCCUGAGCACUCGCAGCGCUACAUGCCAGAGAGACGUGAUUCAGUUCCCGACUUUGCGCAGAAAAAACCAUACAAAUCGAGUCUCGUUAGCUCUCGCAAGACCCGCGCAAUGACAAGCUACGAAGCGGGAACGGAUCGGAACAUAGGAACAGAUACAACUACAAAGUCCAAAAAUGAUGGAACAGAGUCCACCAUGUCAACCACUGCUCCAUCGACCGUCUGGGAUGAACUGGAUGAUCUAAAGUCACGGAUUCGAAAGCUCGAAUUGACCGGAAAACUCCCUUCUUCGUCUGCCGCAGCCAUGUCUUCAAUGGCGGGAGAACGGCCCCGAACGGCCACCACCACGGUAACGACGGUAUCCUCAUCACCAAAACAUAAACAAAAGGCCAGCUCCAACUCGCCCCCCGUUGCUCCGCCGAUACCGGUAGAUACCGAUCCAAGCUUCACGGUUAGCCAGGUUCAUCCUCUCCUCCACACUGCCCUGGCCAAGGCAAAACCGGUUCUGAACCAGGAGGUCUACCAAGCUCUCGAGUCUACGGCAACGGAUGCAAUCAACCUUUCUACUGCCUUGACUUCGAGCAUGCCACAUACCAGCAGCAUGUCUGUCGUUACUUCUGCCAGCACUCCGGACCGCGUCCUGCGUCGAAAGGCUGAUGGCGUAUGCAGGGGCCUUACAGAGCUGUGCCUUGCUCUCUCCGAAGACAAGCUACGGCCCGUUACCAUCUCCCGAUCAAGGCCAGGGAGUCGAGAUGCUACCACCGUGAAGAUCUUUUCCGCCGGUGAAGGCGAGCCAGGGACGCCAUACCGCCGAAGCGUAAGCCAUGAGCCCGAGGACUUCAACUUCAGCCGCCUUCAAUCAUCCCUUAACCGCGACUCUCACAGCCGGCGAACCAGCGCCCUCAAUCUCUCCCCUAGCAUGACGACCCUAAAAGCAUCACCCCAAGAGGUACCAGACCAGUCAACGACCCAUCUAACGACCCCUUCACAAUCACGAGCCAACCGCCGCUCUUCUCUACUACGUGCGAGACGACAGGACCAAGAAGAGUAUGAUACCAAGCUGCAACCUACCACAAACAGCUCUCUGCGCCCCGUCACCCGCUCCAUGACCGUGGCAGACAACAUGCAUUUGGGCAGAGACCGUUUCCACCGCUCAUCCCGCGAAUGUACACCCGAAUACGCCAACAACCAGCAGGAGAACUCCCCAAGCAACCAACAUCACCAUCAUACUCCUCCAUUCCGUACUACGACCACCACUACUCCAUCAGCCUCAACACCUCAGUCCGGAAUCCCACUCCGUCGCACAUUCCUAUCGACAACAAGCAAUAUCCCUACAACCUCGCCUGUGUCCAUCCAGCCUGGUUCCCGCUGCUACGGAAGCGGUCAACCAACCAUCCGGGCUGUUGUUGACGACUACUCUAGUCCCCGGACCAGUUUCGGCGGUGCUGAGGAUGACUCUCCCCAGCACCGAAGUACGGCAAGGACAAUCUCACAUUUCUCUCAGCGUCCUCGAACAAACAGCCUAGGUACUCGACGGACUCCUGCCAUUACACUCAACACUCGACGGACUUUCGAGGGAACUCCUGGCCGCUAA